AUGUCGGACCCUGUUCAGUUCAUAAACAACCUGUCCGGCGCGGGAGCUGCAGGCCUCGCCCAUACCCACUCACACGAGGGGCAUACACAUUCCCAUGGACCCAACGAACACGGGCAUACACACGAGAUCCUUGAUCAUCCCGGUACGUUCACGGAGCGGGACAUGCCCGACUAUGCAUCCCGCAACUUCGAGGAACGCGGCUUCACGGUCGGCAUUGGCGGACCAGUGGGCUCCGGCAAGACCGCGCUCACGCUGGCGCUCUGCCAGAAGCUCCGCAAGGAGUACAACCUCGGUACGGACCUCCUUCCUCUCCGCGUUCUCACAACGGUGACGAACGACAUCUUCACGCGGGAGGACCAGGAGUUCCUGAUCAAGAACAAGGCGCUCCCCGCCUCGCGCAUCCUCGCCAUCGAGACGGGCGGGUGCCCGCACGCCGCGAUCCGCGAGGACAUCAGCGCGAACAUGGGUGCGCUCGAGACCCUCCAGGCCAAGUACGGCUGCCAGCUGCUGUUCGUCGAGAGCGGGGGCGACAACCUCUCUGCGAACUACUCGCGCGAGCUUGCGGACUACAUCAUCUACGUGAUCGACGUCUCGGGCGGGGACAAGAUCCCUCGGAAGGGCGGCCCAGGGAUCUCUCAGUCUGACUUGCUUGUCAUUAACAAGAUCGAUCUGGCGCCACAUGUCGGCGCAUCGCUCGAGGUCAUGGAUCGGGACGCGAAGCUCAUGCGGGGAGACGGACCCACUGUUUUCACGUCUGUCAGAGAAGGCAAGGGCGUUGACGACGUGGUCGACCUCAUUCUCGCCGCCUGGAGGACUGCAGGGAGCCCUGGCACGCCGGGGCCAGUAGGAGACGAAUGA